GAUCCGUGAACAACUGUCACAACACCCCCGAACAUAAAAGCACGUGUGGACUGAGCAUGCGCACUUCGGAGCCUCCUCUGCACUGUUUACAUGGGAAUGGUGCUUGUUCCUGAUGGAGGCUGUCCCAGGAGAACAUGAGGAAGUGGAGGCAGAGGGAGCCAUGCUAUGGACCCUCCAGGAGGCUGUGGAGAGGCAGACUCUGCAGAUUGGGGUGUCUGCGUGUGGGGCCACAGCUGUAGUGGACGUGCUCAAGGCCCUGGGGAUAGAAGCGGCCCCAGAGCAGGUGGAUCGCUGUGUGCAAACCAGACUGAGGAGGAAUGAGUCUCCUCUGCCUGACUAUCUACUGUCCAGGAGCGAAGCAGGCGCCACUCACACCCAGCUCAUCUCCGGAGCAGAGGAAGCCAGCGAGGGGAAAGUGAUCGGCCGCUUCUUCCACCUGCACCCUCCUCGCCGCGUGCCCCUGGUCAGAUGGCUCGCCCACUGGGUCCGGAGAGGGGCCGUUCCUGUAGCAACCAUGAACAUGCAGAGGGCUGUGCCGAAGGGGGAGGAGGUGCCUGACGCCUGGCACCAUCAGCUCAUAUUCGGAGUCCUGAGGAAUGCAGUGUUCAUGGCCAACCCUUUAGAUGUAGGCAAGUAUGAACAUGUGUGGUGUUUUGCAUACAGACAGAUGUAA